CUCUCUAUCCUAACCGUUAGAUCAAUCUCAUCCUUAAGAUCACACGUUAAACACCCGUAUACCUCCCUCUCUCAGCGAAGUUCCACGUUCCAAAAUCGAAAACCAUUAGAAACGUUACAGAGCUAUGCUCCGUUCCGAUACGGGUAAAUGGAGCUAGCAUUGGUAUCUCGAACUCCGAAUCAAUCAGCGGCGUCGUUUAGUGGUGGAAUUGCUUCUUUCUCGAGAAUUAGUAAUUUUGCAGCAGCGCGAAAGAGAAGUGAUGGAUAUAAUAAUAAUAAUAAUAACAAUAAUAGAAGAGUUGUUCAAGUACGGUGCGCUAAAGCCUCUUCCGAGAGCAGCUCUAGUGAAGGAAUGAAGGAAAGAGAGGGUACACGCAGAGGAGGAUUCACGGGAAGUGCAAUGGAAGUGACCACAUUUGAUCGGAGUUUUACUGAAACUGAGUUUCCAGUUUGGGAGAAGAUUGGUGCUGUUGUUAGACUUAGCUACGGAAUAGGUAUUUAUGGUGGGAUGGCUCUAGCAGGAAGGUUUAUAUGCUCAAUAACCGGAAUAGAUAGCAUGGGAGGUUUUAAUCCAACUUUGGAUGCCGUUCUUGAAGGACUUGGAUAUGCAUCUCCACCAAUUAUGGCUCUUCUUUUUAUACUUGAUGACGAAGUGGUGAAGGUGUCACCUCAUGCUCGAGCUAUCAGAGAUGUCGAAGAUGAAGAACUCAGAAGCUUCUUUUAUGGAAUGUCACCUUGGCAGUUUAUGUUGAUUGUUGUUGCAAGUUCUGUUGGAGAGGAGCUUUUCUACCGAGCUGCUGUUCAGGGAGCAUUAGCCGAUAUUUUCCUUAGAGGUACUGAUUUGAUGGCAGAUGCUCGAGGAAUGGCAUCUCUGACUGGCGUACUGCCUCCAUUUGUUCCAUUUGCUCAGGCAUUUGCAGCUGCACUUACAGCUGCUCUCACAGGAUCUCUCUAUUAUGUAGCUGCUUCUCCAAAAGAUCCCACUUAUGUCAUUGCACCAGUUUUACAAUCUCAGUCUGGCUGUGAUGACCUGAGAAAGCUCUUUGCAGCAUGGUACGAGAGGAGGCAAAUGAAGAAGAUCUACUCCCCACUCCUAGAAGGACUUUUGGCUCUUUAUCUUGGUUUUGAGUGGAUCCAGACAAAUAAUAUUCUUGCACCAAUGAUUACACAUGGCAUAUAUUCGGCCGUUGUGUUGGGACAUGGACUUUGGAAGAUACAUGACCAUCGUAGAAGGCUGCGCCAGAGAAUACAGCAGCUUAAAUUUGAUAGAAUAAACUCAACAAGGAAAUGAAGUAGCUAUGUGAGAAGGAAAAAAGAGCGAGAAACUUGAAUGCUACAUCCUGAGAUAAUUGUUCAUUUCAGGUGAGGAUAUAUACUGUUGUCUGUAAAAUGUAGAAUCAGAUUGUGUAUAUUUAUAGGCCCCGAAAUUGUUGUAAACAUAAACAAGCAUAGGAAGUAUACUUGUAGGAGAGGGUAAAUGAGCAUAAAAGAGCUAGUCCCUUUUGCAAAUGUCUCUUCCAAGGGGUGUUGUUUUUAGAGCGAAUGUUGUAGAAUAUGAACUCUAAGCUAUAAAUGCCAGAAACGAAUAAGCCAAAAUUGCACUAGUAA